GCAAGUGGAAGGCGUGGUUCGGCCCGGACAAGCAGCUCGCGGGCUACACGGAGGGCUACACCAACCUCACGUUUACGACGAUCAAGGGCGCGGGCCAUAUGGUGCCGGCGACGCGACCGCUCCAUGCGCUCUACAUGUUCGAGUGCUUUAUCUUUGGUGAUGACGUCUGCAAGACGUUCAAGUUCCCCGUGGACGAUCUCGAGUACUUGACGGGCGCCGUGACGUCGACGGACGGUCUCUCGCUCUGGCAAUCGCGCACGUCGCGCGACGCCGGUGUCCUCUUGGCUGUAUUUGCGCUCGCUGUGCUCGUCUUCGGCACUGUGCUUCGCGGCGUGCGUAGUCGCAAGGCCCAGUACACGCGCAUUUAUACAUAGAGCAGUUCAAUUGACAUGAGCUUUAAAGAAAUAAUCCAACAAGGCAAAUGCAUCGCGA